UUGCCAGAGGUGGUUCCUCGAACUUUGUUUCAAGGAAUCAUUUCCUGGGUUCAAGCCAGGACAGGGCAUAAACUCUUAACUUUGGUAAGGUAUUCCUAUCUUCAAAAUCUUAGUUAUUAUCAUAAUGCCUCAGAAGGAAAAGGAUGAUAGAGAUGAGCCAUGUGAGUCUGCUGACUUGUUAGAGAAGGAAAAGGCAUCUAAGCCAGUGGGCAAAGCUGAAACAUUGCACAAUUCAACAGUUACUCCUUCAUCUAAUCAUUCUCCUCCACAAUCACGUUCAAAGUUGUGUUUACUAAUACCUGCAAUCGUGGUGGUAGCAUUUAUCUGUACUAUGGAGUCGGCAACAUUGAAGGAUCGAUUCGUGGUAUUAAAGCAAUGGCCUAACAUUCCAUCUGUUGUACCAGCAAUACGUCAAAAUAACGGUUACCUCAUGGUCUCGUGCAAUGGCGGGUUGAACCAGAUGAGAACCGGUAUCUGCGACAUGGUUGCCAUUGCUAGAUUCUUGAAUGUCACGCUUAUAGUUCCUGAGCUAGAUAACACAUCCUAUUGGCAUGAUCAGAGUACUUUCGAGGAUAUCUUCGAUACGGAUUACUUUAUUGGGUCAUUAGCAGAUGAGAUUAGGAUACUGAAGGAACUGCCUUCAGAGGAAAAGAGGAGACUGGAAUCACAACCUCUCACUUCUAUGGAACCCAUCUUAUUUCCCAACAUGUCGUAUUACUACAAUACGAUCCUUCCUCAGAUACAAAAGCACAAAGUGCUGCAUUUCCUGAAAGCAGAUGCAAGGAUUGCAAACAAUGGACCCCCUGAAGAGUUCCAAAAGACCAGAUGUCGAGCCUGCUAUGAAGCAUUGAGAUUCACUCCUCAUAUUGAGGAGGUGGGAAGAAAGAUUGUCAGAAGAUUAAAGCAGAAGGGUCCUUUCCUAGUUAUUCAUCUGAGAUACGAGAUGGAUAUGUUGUCCUUUACUGGUUGUACGCUUGGUUUGUCCCAUGAUGAGAUUGUGGAGGUGAUGACAUUGAGGAAGUCUUACCCUUGGUGGAAGAGCAUAGCAGAUCCUCGCAAGAAAAGGAAAGCUGGAUUGUGCCCAUUAAUGCCCGAUGAAAUUGCAUUGGGGUUGCAGGCACUGGGGAUUGACAGAAACAUCCAGAUCUAUAUUGCUUCUGGGGAAAUAUACGGAGGAGAAGCCAGAAUAGCAAAGCUGGCAGAAGCUUUCCCAAACAUGGUAAGAAAGGAAACACUGCUCGAUUCAUCAGAUCUCAGCCAGUUUCAGAACCAUUCAAAUGCAAUGGCAGCUCUGGACUACAUUGUUGCAGUGGAGAGUGAUAUCUUUGUUCCGACAUUCGGUGGGAACAUGGCAUAUGCUGUGGAAGGCCAUCGAAGGUACCUGGGAUUCAGAAGAACCAUUACAGUAGACAGAAAGCUUCUGGUGAGCUUGAUUGAUCAAUACAAGAUUGGGAAACGAAGCUGGAGCGAGUUUUGUUUCAUAAUGAAGGCAGCUCAUGCUGGAAACCGUAUGGGAAAGCCUAAAGAGAGAUUGAAGAUCCCAGAUCAACCCUUCAAGGAGGAUUAUUUCUACUCAAACCCACUUGAAUGUCUCCCACAUUCACCAACCAGCCCCUUGAGCUGA